UAUAAACACUCUCAACUUUGUCGCAUAACACCAAAAUUAUCUGCUUUGUCUUUUCAAUUCUGAAAUUUGCUUUUCUCGCUCAAUUUUAAUUCACAGCUCUCAGUUUUCUCAGUUCUGUUCAUCAAUGGAGACUCCUUCAUCAACUAAAAGAGUCACUAGAUCUCAGACAACUCUUAACAACAUCCCCUUAUCAAGAAAGAUUGAGGAUUCAAAAUCAAGAAAAAGUGGGAAUGAAACUCAAAAUCAAGAUAGGUUUGCACUGAUUGAUAUAACGAAUGACUCGCCGAUUGUUGGUCUUGCAAUGGGAAGUUUAGAGACCCCAUCAUCAACCCUAGCCAAGAAAAGCAGCAACAGAAUCAAGAACGCCAUGAACACACCCGGUUCUGGAGAGGCCUUACUUAGAGGUCAAGUAAAGACCCUUCUGCAGAAAGUUGAAGAAGAAGCUGUUCUUUCCAAGAUUUCAUUGGAAAACCGUCCCUUUCUUCAUCUUCAAGGGUUUGUGAGUAAUUCUCCCAUGGGACUUCUUGCUCCUACUCCUGCUAACACACCACAAAUCCCUAAUCUCAUUGAAGACAAUAAUGGAACUGCUUUGUCAACUGAUUCUUUGCCUGUAAUUGAAGAACAGUUGAAGAUUUGUCAGGUGGUGAGUGAGAUCUUUGAAGGGGGUCUUGAAACACAGAAGAGUCUAACAAGAUCAUUACUCUUGGAUUUCUCAGAGAAAUCAGAAAUUUGUGAUUCUUCAUCAUCAGAAUGCUCUACAUAUGAUGAGGUCAGCAAAGGAACAACUUAUUCAUCAUCAUCGCCGUUAAAAGACGACGAUAGUGCUUCGGAUUGGUCGAUUCAGGUGAAUGCAAGCACACAUGAUGAGGAAGAAGAGGAAGAUUAUGAAUAUGAAGAAGAGUGGGGGGUUGAUGAACUGUGUGAAGGGAUUGGGAAAAUUAAUGUAAGUGAGAGUAAUAAUAAUGGGGAAAGAGGGAAGCAUACAAGGUUUGUGUACAACAGUGAUGAGGAUGAGAUUGUUGAAGAAGAAGAAGUUUUGCAUUUGAAAGGGUUGCCUACACCUCAAGGCAAGCAUCUGCGCUUUUCAAUGGAAGAUUGAAGAUUGAAGACUGUGUUGUGAUUCUUAGUUCUUAGUUAGUGUCUCUCUUUGACACCACACAAGCUUGGCUUUUCUUUAGCAUUUUGAGAUUUUUGUAUUUCUGUUUUUGGUUCUUUAAAUAUUGAUGAAAAUUGGAAAUUGUUUAUUUGAGAUUAUUGAUCACUUCAAUAACUACAUUGGUUUCUCUUU